AUGUCCGGAGGAAAUGUUGUUGUUUUUUUAAUUUGUUAUAUCGUGCUCGCCAAGACUCAGUACGAAGGUGACGGUUGCCGAAAAAAUGGUGUAGAUGGCACCUGCGUGCUUCUGAACAACUGCCAGUCAGCGAUUAACGGUGUCAAGAAUAAACUACCUCCGCAGAUAUGCACGUUCCGAGGUACGGACCCGAUAGUAUGCUGUGUUGAUUCUGCACCACCCGAACCCCCGGGAACCACUCUCAGACCACCUGCGCUCACAAAUUCUACUCAAAGGCCAAAGACCACCACGGAAGACGUAAUACCGGUAUAUAACUACAUGUUCGUCGACCCCAACAUGAAAUCUCAAGGUGGAUGUGAACCUGUUCCGGCAAAUUUAACCUCGCCUAGAACUGGUCAGAAGCCAUGGGAUAAAUGCAUCGAGUACCAGGAGAAGUUGGUAUAUCCCUGCGUGAAGGCCUCCUCCGGGGAGAACGCCCGCGUCAACCGUUGCACUCACAUCGCCGAACAACUUAUUGUCGACGGAGUCAACCCGGACCGAGCAGAGUUCCCUCACAUGGCUCUACUCGGGUUUGGCAGUGCCGUGAACGCACUCCAGUGGCAGUGUAGUGGCUCCAUCAUCAGCGAACGGUUUAUUUUGACAGCAGGUCACUGCACCUAUGCACGUGAACUAGGUCCAGUUACGUACGCACUGGUGGGCAUCCUGAGCAGUACUGAACACGUGGACAGCAGCCAGCGCUACAAGAUCGUGAGGAUCAUCAGGCAUCCCGACUACAAGCCGCCUAAGAAGUACAAUGAUAUCGCUCUGCUGCAAACGGAGGUUGAUAUGACCUUAAACGAGAAUAUAGUCCCGGCAUGUCUGCACGUCGACACCACAGCUCCUGACGAGCGCGCAUUAAUAGCAUCUGGGUGGUGGACAACCCAGAACGGGGGAUCCGGCGCGGAUAUACUCCAGAAGGUGAUUCUGCAAAAACUCUCGGACUCUGAGUGCACGCUGUUGUUCCCGCCAGCCCGGCUCAUGGAGAAUGGCUUCGACUCCAAGACACAAAUCUGUUGCCGGGACAAGCAUAAGUCGAAGGACACUUGCCAGGGUGGUGGUGGCAGUCCACUGCAGCUGAAGAACAAGAAGGUCCAGUGCAUGUACACAGUGGUGGGAGUGACGUCGUUCGGAAGGGCUUGCGGGUUCAUCGGGGAGCCGGGGAUAUACACCAAGGUGUCGGCCUACGUACCCUGGAUAGAGAGCGUUGUGUGGCCUUAG